UAACCUGGUGUGUUGUGUCUGCAUGUAGAGAUAUUUGUUAUCUUUACCCCCCCAAAAAAAAAAGAAUUAAAAAAAAAAAUGAAAGAUUCCUCAGGGAAAAAAAAGAAAAGAAUUCACAUCUGUUAUUAAAAAUAUGAGAUUGACAGGCAGAUCCCACCGAAAUAAAUUAAAUAAUAUUCACCACAUCUCAAUCUUUUCAUAAAACCCACAAAAAAUUCACCCAUCCCUUUGUGAUUUUUUUUAUUUUUAUUUUCAGCUGGUAAUUGCCACAGGAGUUUGAGGGGGGGCGGAGGAGGAGGAGGGGGGCAGCUAUACAGCUAGCUGGAGGGCCGGAAAAUAAAAAUAAAAAAAAAAAAAGAAAAAGAAAAAACUCCGAUCCUGUAGUACAUGAUGCUUGGUGUUUCAGGGCUUAUGGGUAGCUCCGGCGACGGCGCUGCAGCGGCGGAAGCCCAUGAGAGCGGCGGGGCUAGUGGUGGCAGCAGCGAGGUUGGCGCAUCAAGCUCGAUUCCCGGGGGUGGGGGUGGUAUGGAGGAAAGCGAGAGAAGUGGCGGCGGCGGCGGCGGCGGAGGAAACCGGUGGCCGAGGCAAGAAACGUUGGCGUUGCUUAAAAUUCGGUCUGAGAUGGAUGUUACUUUUAGAGACUCAAGUCUGAAAGGUCCAUUAUGGGAAGAAGUCUCCAGAAAAAUGGCGGAGCUCGGGUUUCAACGGAACCCGAAGAAAUGCAAAGAGAAAUUCGAGAACGUGUACAAGUACCACAAGCGAACAAAAGAUGGCCGUUCUUCUAAAUCCGACGGCGCCGGCGGCAAAACCUACCGCUUUUUCGACCAGUUGGAGGCAUUGGAAAACACUACUACUACUUCCUCCGCCGCCGCAUCUCUUCACCACCGCCGCCGCGCCUCCUCCGCCACGCCCACCACCAUUAACAACAUUAAUAAUAACCCAAUAAUUAAUUCGUCUUCUUUCCAACCCUCCUCCGGCCAACCACCGCCAUUACAGCACCAUCUACCACCACCACCACAACCGCCGCCUUCUUCAAAUACUAUCAUCCCUCCUCAAGGACAUGCUUUUCAACACUCCGGCGGCCGCCCACACAUGAUGCCAACCCGGCAGCUGUCGGAUUCGACGUCGAAUUCGUCGACGUCGUCGGACGAGGAUAUACAGCGGCGGCGGCGAGGGAGGAAGAGAAAAUGGAAGGAUUUCUUCGAGAGGGUAAUGAAAGACGUGAUUAAUAAGCAAGAAGAUUUGCAGAAGAGGUUUUUGGAUACACUCGAGAAACGAGAGCGUGAUCGCACCGCCCGUGAGGACGCGUGGCGGCUGCAAGAAAUCACCAGGCUUAACCGGGAACACGAUCUUCUCGUCCAGGAGAGGUCCAUCGCCGCCGCUAAAGACGCCGCCGUCAUUUCUUUCCUCCAAAAGGUCACCGACCAACACAACCUCCAAAUCCCAAUCGCUAAUAUUUUCACUGCACCACCACCACCACCACCCCAAGUGCCGCCGGUGCAGAUACAACCGCCGCAAAUUCCUCAGCCGCCGCGUCAACAACAACCACCGUCGAUGCAGCUGUCCACUAUCCCACCACAACCACAACAACCAACAGCGCCGCCGACGACAAAACCUGCAGUAGCAGCUCCACCGGCGAAAAUCAUGGACAUUGUAAUAGCAGAUAACGGCGGCGGCGGAGAUAAUUCAAUGUCGUCGGCGGCAAGUUCAUCACGGUGGCCGAAAGCGGAAGUGGAAGCCCUGAUAAAGCUCCGAACAAAUCUGGACAUAAAGUACCAAGAAAACGGGCCGAAGGGCCCGCUCUGGGAGGAGAUUUCAUCGGCCAUGGCGAAAAUAGGAUACAACCGGAGCUCAAAAAGAUGCAAAGAGAAAUGGGAAAACAUAAACAAAUACUUCAAGAAGGUGAAAGAGAGCAACAAGAAGAGACCCGAAGAUUCCAAAACCUGCCCCUACUUCCACCAGCUCGACGCCAUUUACAGAGAGAGAGGUUCCAAAACCGACGUCGUUUCGUUUCCGGGUUACGGGUUGAAUCCGGAUGAUAACAACCCGAUGAUGCUGCCGCCGCCCAUUAUGGCCCGACCCGAACAGCAGUGGCCACUCCCGCCCGACGAGCAACGGCAGCAGCCCGAUCAGUUUCAGGAUAACGAGAGCGAUCACGACGAAGAAGAAGACGAUGGUGAUGGAGAUGAAGACGAUGAAGAAGAUGAAGCGCAGUGUUUUGAGAUUGUUACCAACAAGCAGCAAUCUUCAGUUACGACGACGACGAACGCAGCCGAUUAGUGAUAGUUGUAGAGAGAGAAAGAAGUAAGAGAGAGAAAGUAAAGGGAGAGGGGCAAAGAUGCUAAAAUGAAGGCAAAGGUGGAGGGAGGUGGGGGCGGAGUUGCAGAAUGUGUCAGAGAUGGGGGCGGAAGGGGGUCAGUAAAUUCCGGUGGGGGGUGGUGGCGGUGAAAAAUAUUCAUAAACAGGCAAAACACAUGGGGGUGUUUUUUGUAAUUUUAUAGAGGUUAGUUUUUUGUGUUUUUUUUUUUCUUUUUUAAAGUUAUUUUGUUUUUAUGAUUUAUUUAUUAUUUGGAAAAUAAAUAAAUAAAAUUGAGGGAGAGUGUGAAAUAGAGAGCUGCGAAUCCAGAAAUCAAAUAAUGGGGUUCUUAUCUUUUACAUUUUUUUUUUCUUCAAUAAUGGAGUGUAAAUCUAAAAGUUUUUUUUUUUAA